AUGGCGAGAGUGCCACUUAUUUGUUUUGACGUAGUUGAGUGGUAUCUCCCCCAUCGUGUCCUCCGACAGUUUGGUCGGGUGCAGUCCGUGCCGGAUCGGUUCGACACUAAGUGGCAGUUGCAUGUCACUGAUAGGCGUGGCCGAGCUGGCACUGACUGGCGUCUGUUUUUUAUGCGAUAUAUACAGUUGUGGGAUGCCCGCCGGGACAGUAUUGUACAGGCUGACUACAGCGAUGAGGUGAUCCCCUCUUCCGACCCCUAUAUGUUGUGGUAUCGGCGACAUACACACCAACUAAUCGGGAAUUCGAGCCACGUGUCUGAGUCUGGAUAUCAGGGAGUUAGGCCUUAUCUUGAGGCAUUGGUGGCUAGAGCUAGGAGGUCGUAUCAUUUGGCUGAGGACGCCCAUUUCAGACGUGAUGGGCAGCAUGCCUUGCAGGCCGUUACAGAGAUCCGAGAGUUAUUGUACCAGGCAUUCCAGGUUGCCCAUCGGGGAGAUCGUCUGCAUUACGGCCACUACGGUGUACACAGUUCAGCAGCUGUUCCAGACACAUCAGCACCGUCCACGUCAGCGCCUUCCACUUCAGCGCCUGCCACAUCAGCUCCUUCGACUUCAGUCACCCCACCACAUACUACCCCAUACAUAUCUGGCAUACCUUAUAUGCCUGACCUUGAUUGGACACCGCCCCGAUACAUGCAUGACGUUGUUACCCCACCCACCCAGUUACCACCACCAGACAGUUCGACCGCGAUCAUGAGUACACAUGAUGCAGUUCUCACAUUUCAGAAUUCAUCUAAGUCACAUCAAUACGACCACAUGGCAAUAGUGUUGAUAAACAAUUAUGUAAUGGACUGAAGGAGUAAAGUGUAAUUUACCGAAUAUAAAAAGAAGUAGAAAAUGCAAAGAGGAGAAAAUGGGAUGACUGUGAAGUUCAUUAAGUAAAAAUAAGAUAAAAUAUAGGCUGCAAAGUUCCAAUCGUGUUUACAUAUCAGGUGA